AUGGCCAAGCGCUCCACGACGCUCAAGCAGUUCCUGCUGCGCGUGCACCCCGACCACUUCCGCAACAACCCCAAGGUCCACGAUGAGAAUCUGCAGUCCGUUAAGCUGCUGAACCAGUUCAUGGACGAGCACUACGCGGCUCAAGGCGGUGCGGGCUCCAUGAGCUGGAGGAGACUUGGAGCUCCACGGGAGAAGAGGCUGAAAAGGUUCGCGCUGGAGCUGGCUGCCAAUAUUGAGACCAAGAUGGUUGCCGUCUUGAAGGAGUGCGGCGGAGGAAGGAGGCGUCCCAGCGGCAUGGAUUUCGGGGACUUUACCAUGGGCGAGAUGUACGCCAAGGCGAACCGCGCAGCGGUGGCGUCUGCGUCGAGACGGAGGAAGAAACCGAUUCAAACUUUACAGGGAUUGCUGGAGUUUAUGAAGGAGGAGGAGACGAUGGAGGCCCAGCAACGGCAGAGAAUUGCGUGGGAGUCGAUUCAGUCGGCCAAGAACACCCUGAAGCGUGAACUCGACCUUCAAGACGUGCUGUUUUCGUGCGGAUGGUCUACCAUGCACUUGAACACGACCGUCAUGAUUCUUCUCCAGACGCUGCGCAAGUACUCGCGAGCGAACAAGCAGGGCAUCUUCACACCCAAAGACUUCCUUCGUGGCGCGACGAUUGACCUCAGUGCCAACCCUUCCGGGAUCGACCUCAGCAACGAGUACCGUAUUGUGCUCAACCCGGCGGAUGUCCCGGUGCAGUGGGUGCAAGUACUUGAGACCAUCGAUGCGAAUAUGGUCGUGUUCAUGAAGGCAGCACAGGAAAGCCUGGCAACUUUGCAGGCAGAUGCCACCGCAGCUCUCGGAGAAGCCAACAUUUCUAGAGGCCACACGUGCUCAGCUCUUGGCUACCGGACGUUUCUGCAAAGUAUGCGGCAGCGCGAUGCUGCGGGCCAGAGCAGCGAGCAAGGCUUACUGGAGAAGUUCGCGCUUGUCAUCGAAGAUGAUUCGUACGAGUGGGUGGUCUUAGAGACCGGCGAAGUGCGAGCGCCGUUCACGAGCUCGUACGGAGAGGCUAUCUCGUUUCUCAGCACGAAUCGGUCGUUGAUCCGCCGCCAGCAAGAGACGCACAACGCAAACCUAGAGGCGUUUGCGUACAUAUCCUCUCGCUGCGCAGACGCAAUGCAUGUGAAGGCUAUCACGCGGGACGAGGGGAUUCCAGUGGGCAUGGCAGUCGUGGCGUGCGAGGAGCUGCUCAAGGCUGUGGUCGGCAUGACGCCGCCGAGCUCGAGAAGUUCCAUUCCUCAAGGCAUGGUGCGCUUCCUGGACACGUACACUCAAGGCCGCAGCAUUUGCAUCAGCCGCACGUACGGGCUCGGCCAAGACGGAGUGUUCACGCUGCCUGCAGACUGGUUCAAGUGGUAA